AUAGCCUCGCGACCCUCCGCCUCGGUCCAGAGAACCACGACACCUGCGGCACGACGCCCAGCUCCCAACUCGUUUUGCUCCAAGCAACCGCCGUUGGACGACCUCACCAAGACGUCGUCGCCGUGCCAUUGCCGGAGACGACGCGACGCGACGCAAGACCCCUGCGCCUGCGACUGUGACCUCGCCAAAGUCGCUGCUGCCAUCAGUUGGGCCCUCGACCGCGACCUUGCCAAGCCGUUGCCGCCGUCGGACGGGCGUCCCAGCAGCGAGGGCAGCACAGCAUCCCAGCGGAGGAGGCGAUCCGUGCGCUCACCCUCUUGUCCAACGAGAAGUUCUUGAAUUAGUUACGCGUGGUCGUCGUGUCUGAUCCCUGGAAGAAGGCAUGGUGUGCGGAUGCUAAGAAGAAGAUAGCAAAAUGUCCAAGAGAGCAGUGUGCUGAUCUGCUAGCUAGGCCUAUGUGAGCACUUUUCUGAUUUCCUUGCUAAUUCCUUUAAUUGUUGUCUUAUGGAUCUUUUUUAAGCAUCUCUCGGCUAGAUUUAUUUCUGAAAUUCUUGAUUUUGUGUAUGUGCUAGCUCUGAUCCGGUUAUCCUGAAUAGAAAGCUAAGUUAUUUAGAAAGCUAAGUUAAUUUUUUAUUUCAGUUUCUAGCUAGGAACUUGCACUGCUCUCCAGCUCACUGAACUAAUUUCAGUGGAGUUUUUACUUCACUGAUGAACCCUGUUUCUUUUUUUACAAAAAUGUUAUCACUGUGUAUUUCCUACUUCUUUUAGAACUAUAAAUUGGUUCUAUCAUCUAACUAACAAGACUUAUGGUCAAUAUAGAACUUGGAUAUUCAGAGUUCACCUAUUCUGAAUUGCUGCUACCAAGUGAUGGUGCCAGUUUUGCUCUAAGGCACCUUAGGAUUUGCUCACACAUGUUUUAAAAAAUAAAGUAAUAAUGACUUUAUGGAUAGGCUUUGGUUUUUGCUGAUGCUUGAUUGAGUAUUUUAGAUCCAGCUUUCUGGUGUAAGCCAAAUAUGUUGCAAUAAAUAAAAAGACAAUAGUUAAUAUGAGCAGACUACGUGGGGGCUUAAGAGGCAACAACCAUAUAGCUCGCUCAACAAUAUACAACAAGAAGAAAAUAUGUAAAUAAUACAAAAUGAUGACAUAGUACAUAAAUGAUCAUUCGGCCUCCAUGCUAAUGCUACAGUGGCCAUGCUAAGUGAGGUUGAGUUGUGAACUGUAGGGAUGAAGAAAGCCAAGAUUCGAUGCAUGUGUUAGGGUUGGGCUGGUCAGUAGUACUUAAUGCUUGACCUUUGGUUUAUCUGUGUUACCAAUCUAGAUCUCAUUGCCUUUAUCAUCAUGAAAAUGGUUGAUCUAAGAAUUCUAGAGGUUUUUGACAGCAUGUUGAUCUUUGGUUAAACUUCCAUGUGCUUUCAAGUCGCUUGUUGUUGCCAAAUUUUUAUAGGACAAUUCAAGAGGUGACCAGCUGUUAGUUGGUGCAUCACUACGGAUGUCGUACCUUUGGAAUUCCAUGCGACAUCUCAAACUGGUGCACAACAUGAGGGCAAAGAGUGACCCAUGGUUUGCAGAAUACUUGCUACGCAUCGGGGGAGGCUUAGAGGAGGCUAAUGGUGAUGGUGAAAUCCGUCUUCCUGAUGAAAUAUGCAUACCACAUACCCGGGAAGACAGUGAUCUUGAUACGUUAAUUGACUGCAUAUUCCCUGCCCUCAAUGCCAAUAUGUCAAACAAGAGCUACAUCACCUCACGAGCAAUAUUGUCUCCACGGAACGACUGGGUUGAUAUGGUUAACAUGAAGAUGAUAAGUCGUUUCCAAGGGAAUGAGAUGGUGUAUCAUAGCUUUGAUAGUGCGGUGGAUGAUCCACAUAACUACUGCCCAUCUGAGUUUCUCAACACUUUGACCCCCAACGGUCUUCCUCCACAUGUGUUAAAGCUCAAGAUAGGGUGCCCGGUCAUAUUGCUAAGGAACAUCGACCCUGCGGGUGGACUUUGCAAUGGAACGAGGCUGGUGGUUCGAGGGUUCCAAAGAAAUAUUAUCGAUGCAGAAAUUAUGGUUGGAGACCAUGCCGGAAAGCGAAUCUUUCUACCACGAAUUCCGUUAUGCCCCUCGGAUGACGAGAUGUUCCCGUUCCAGUUCAAGAGGAAGCAGUUUCCUAUUAGACUCAGUUUUGCCAUGACAAUUAAUAAGGCACAGGGGCAGACUCUCCCCAAUGUUGGUGUGUAUUUGCCUGAACCAGUGUUCUCUCAUGGUCAGCUGUAUGUUGCGCUAUCUAGAGCCACUGCCAGAUCGAACAAUAGAAUCCUUGUUAUCCCACCCAGUGAUAAGAAGGAUAAGAAAAAAACGACAAAAACAAAUGGUGCAUACACGAAAAAUAUUGUCUACAAAGAGGUUCUCACUCCAUGAAAAGGUAAUAGAGAAAGUCAAGAAGAAAUGAGAGACAAGUACUAUGUAUGAUGAAGUGUAACUGACUAUAUGUACUUAUUAUAUUAUAAUAUAUUUUCAAUAACUAUAUAUGAAUUUAUGUUUAAUUUGAAAUAUCAUGGUUAUUAUUUCUAACA